CCAGGAGCAAAUUGGUUGAUUCUCAUUGUGAGUGAUCUGAUUGCCACAACGUUGAAAAUUAAGCAAGAGAAUACAGAAUUGCCAUUUAUGGAGUGUGGAGAUCCAGAAAAGUUUCAGAGGAUGAAACAAUUUCCUUCUCCAAGGAUUGUGGCCACACAUCUCCAUUAUAACUAUCUGCCCAAAUCUAUUUUCAAAAAUAAAGCCAAGAUAUUGGUGUUGUUUCGAAAUCCUAAAGAUACAGCAGCAUCGUUUUUCCAUUUUCAUAAUAAUGCUCCAACCAUUCCCAGUUAUAAUUCAUGGGAGGAAUUUUUCCCAGAAUUUAUGAAUGGAGAAGUUGCCUGGGGAUCCUAUUUCGAUCAGGCUGUCGCUUGGAACAAACAUAUAGAUGAUGAAAACGUUCUGAUUCUGACAUAUGAGGAAUUAGAAGAGGACCUGGUUUCGGGAGUAAAGCAAAUAGCUAAUUUUUUUGGUUUCCCUGCUACUACUGAGCAAAUUCAGGCUAUUGCAGACAGAACUACCUUCCAAGCGGUGCGCGAUAAGUCGCAGGAAACACAUGGGAUGGCUGGUCCACUGCUCUUCCGGAAAGGCAUUGUAGGAGAUUGGAAGAAUAUUUUUGGCAAGGCUCAAAAUGAGCAAAUGGAUGCUAAAUUUAAGGAAUGUUUAGGUGGAACCAAGCUGGGAACAAAGCUGAAGUAUGAUGUCUAUUGCAAAACCUGA